CUGACCUGACCGCCAAAAUUAGUUAAACUGCCAAUCAAACUUCACCUAGUAUGCAUGAACACCACAGCUGGCCUUGAGAAAACAGUCCGAUUCUUUGAUAAUGGAGGAGCUUCUCCCUCAAUUUCUCAGCCUCCCUUUUGCAAAAGUCCAAAAUACUGCCGACAAAAUGGCGGCCACCCACCUUGUUCAUCACAAACCAAUUGAGUAAAACAAGAAACAAACUUUUAUGUUCGUUGAUGUGGAGAGCCAAGGAGGGAUUGAAUUCUUUAGAAAACCGGUGAGGCGGGUUUCGGAGAAGAAGAAGAUCAAAUGGGGUGUGUUCAGGUGAAAGGGUCGACGUAUUCGCCGUCUCAGGGGUUGGAGAGGUUGAAGAUUGAGAAUGGGUAUGUGAAGGGGGUGAGCAAAGUUGUGGCUGUGGGGGAGCAUAGUGGGAAGUUGGUUAAAAAGGAAGGUGGUGGGGAGGUUAAGGUGGGACCAGCUGGGGAAGGAGAGGCGGCGAAGGGCGGUGGUGGCGGCGAGGGCGUGCGGAGGGUAGUGGUUAAGAAGAAGAUUGAAGGAGAUGAACUCGUGGAUGGAUGGCCUAAAUGGCUUGUUGAUAAUAUUCCUCCUGAUGUUUUGGCUUCUUUGGUUCCCAAAAGUGCUGAUUCUUAUGAUAAAUUAGCUAAGGUAGGCCAAGGAACCUACAGCAAUGUGUACAAAGCUAGAGAUAGAGACACAGGAAAGAUUGUGGCCUUGAAGAAGGUGAGGUUUGACACAUCUGAGCCUGAGAGUGUGAAGUUCAUGGCAAGAGAGAUAAGGAUUCUGCAGAAGCUUGAUCACCCCAAUGUCAUCAAACUUGAAGGCCUAGCCACUUCAAGAAUGCAAUACAGUCUCUAUUUAGUGUUUGAUUUCAUGCAAUCUGACUUAACUAGAGUCAUCUCUCGCCCUGGCCAGAGGCUCACUCUUCCACAGGUGAAGUGCUACAUGCAGCAGCUGCUUUCAGGGCUGCAACACUGCCAUGAAAGAUCGAUUUUACACAGAGACAUCAAAGCUUCAAACUUGUUGAUAGACAAAAAUGGGAUGCUGAAAAUUGCCGAUUUCGGGCUGGCGAAUUUUUACAAUCUUCCGAAACCGAAACGCCCGAUGACGAGCAGAGUUGUGACUCUCUGGUACAGAGCUCCUGAGCUCCUCUUAGGCUCCACUGAUUAUGGAGUCGGCAUUGAUCUCUGGAGUGCUGGUUGCCUCUUAGCUGAAAUGUUUCUUGGAAGACCAGUCAUGCCCGGAAGAACUGAGGUUGAGCAGCUUCACAGGAUUUUUAAACUUUGUGGCUCACCUUCUGAUGAUUAUUGGAAGAAGAUGAAGUUCACUGUCACCUUCAGGCCACCACAUUUGAAGCCUAGUUUCCAAGAGGUUUUCUCGGAAUUUCCUCGCUCUUCUUUCGGUAUCUUAACGACACUGCUAGCGCUCGACCCUUCGUAUCGCGGCACAGCUGCUUCUGCCCUUCAGUUUGAAUUCUUCAGUUCAAGUCCAUUGCCAUGUGACCUCUCAGGUUUACCAGUAAUUUACAAAGAGGAAGAUGAGUCUUCUCAAACCACCAAACAUAAGAAGAACAAGAGAUCAAAGGCAAAGAAAUCCACUCGCACAAAGCAUAAAGCUCAUAGGAGAAAGGAUUCAACUUCAGAAGAAUCCAAAGGAGAUCAGACUGAAUCUUCCAAAGAGUUGGAGAAGAAUCCAGACUCAACUAUGCAAACGGUUAGCAGUACAGCAAGUAGUUCAUCAUCUUCAAAACCAACAAAAAUAUUACAUGACAAGAGCUUCGAUGAUGCAUCUCCCUCUCCAAUUCAGCAUAAUUCUCAUGCAAAAACAGCCCCAAGAACAGAAGGGUACCCUAAUAUUAAUUAUAACCCUUCAAAGAAGAUGAUUCAGAAUUUCACUCUCACUGAAGGCCACCCAAAUGCCCUUAAAAACAUCCAAAACAUGAGUACUCUUUUGCACGCUUCCAUUUCUGAUAUUAUCGACCACAGACAAGGUAAUGCCUUUGCUCCCUUUAGCAGGUCACUUUCUACCUUGGAUUUUAGGACUUAUGAUGCUGAGAAGAUGUCUAAACUCUUUGGAUCUGAUCAAGAUUAGGUUAUCAUUAGAGUUGUUAUAUAACUUUCCUGCUAAGGUAUCAUGAAACAUAUGCGGAUCCCCUCAA